CGCUGUCGCAGCAGCAGUCGACAACUACCAGUUUAGUUGUGGUUGCUACUACCGCUAGCAUAGUUGUCGCUUUCUGGAUACAACUAUGGAGAUUGAUGCGAUACUGGAAGCUUUCAGAGGUCAAUUUAUAGUGAUUUGAAUGAAUACACCACCAUACAAAUAAUUGCAUGAUUUAUUACGAUUUCCUCAGGCAAAUGUGUGUUGUUGUGGCCCGGGAGAUAAACGCAGUUCUCAAGCGUCUAGUGGCGAGAGGACGUAUAGAAAAGUACAGCGUGUGUAUAACAAGUGAUUCAGACUUUGAGAAGAAAGAGACGAAAGAGUCCUGUCCAAUUUUAGAGCAACUCCUUAUUGAUGUCGCGAAGACUGGGGAAACGUUCAUUCCCUGGUCAAAGUUCAAAACAUAUUUUCUUUUCAAGAUGGAAAACGUUAUGGAUGACUUCCAUGCCUCUUCCCCUGAACAAAGAGGGUCUCCUAAUCCAAAUGUAGUCUAUGUCCCCUUUGAUGCGAUGAAGGAGAGGAUUGUGAAAAUAGUCGAUGGCUACAGUGGUGUUCCCUUCACCAUUCAGCGUCUGUGUGAGCUGGUCACGGACCCCACUAGAAACUACUCGGGAACAGAAAAGUUCCUCAGGGGUGUGGAGAAGAAUGUGAUGGUGGUGAGCUGUGUCCGCCCUCCAUCGGAGAAAAACGGGGAAUCUACUGUAAGCCGAAUGAAUGGAGGGCCGUUCCCUGACAGCUCCUCUGUGCAUUCAGACAGCAUUUUGAAUGGCCCAGUAGUCCCACCAAAGCCAUUGACCAUUUCAUUUUCUACAAAUGGCCCUCCCAGCGCUGUGGACAGCAGGGAGAGACAGCCACCACCAGAGGACGGGACAGAGCGCCACAUCAGUGGCUCCAUGUCCCAAGAGGGGGAGGGGAGUCCUCGAGCCCGACGGGAGAAGAGCCAGCGCUGGGGGACGGAGGACCGCCCCUACAGACCCCUUCAGGAGGUCAAGAGGCUCAAGGUCGAGCACCGCGAAGAGGAGGACACGGCGGGUGACGAGGGCGAGCGGAGGGCGUCGACCUCUCCGACGGGGUCAGGGGUCGUCACGGAGACGCAGGAGUCCCCCCGGGGCACUGGCAAAACGGGCAAGAACGCUGCGCCUUCAGGAGCAGUCGCCUCUGGAUGUUCGGGUAGGCAGGAAGUUAUGAUACAGGAGCCGGGCAGUCCUACAUCUCCACCUUCUAAUAGGCCAGAGGAGUCUUCAAACAGCGAGACAGACCUGGACCCUGACCUUACUCUGCAAACUGACAUGACCACAGACCCAUCAGAGCGGCUUGACCCCUCAGGGACGGGUCAAAGCCCAGAAGGUCAGAACAAUGGGGAUGGCAGCGCUGAUGGGGCUAGCCUAAACGAUAACAAACUGCCACUCUCAUCUGCCUGUAGUACAGCUGACCUGCCUACAGAGGGUGCUGCAGAGUCCAAAUGAUCUUGUGAACUAUCAGGCUCAGCUUAGUUUACACUGUAUGAUACACAUCAAAGAUGUGGGUUCUCUACUAGUACAUGUGCUAGAAAUAGGGCUGCACUAUUCACGGAGAGUAUGGAUCUAAAUUGUUUGUAAAACUCAGGUCUGAAAUAAGCAGGUGUCUAAAUAAAUGUGGUGUUGGAAAUUCAGUAAUGGAAUCGACUGUUGCAUGCAUAAACUGAAGUACAUUUAAAUAUAUUUAAAAAUAUUUUUUAUUGUCUGUAGUUUUUGUGUAUCACAAACAACCUCAACUGUGCUUACAGCCACCAUUUCUUACUCCAAUUGAUUUAGUCAACAGCUUGGUUGGUUUGCCAUAGAAUUCCUUUUGUACCACAAUAAGCACGCAUUUUUUGAUCCUAGAAUGAUAUAUUAAUGAUAUAUUAAUAGGCAUUUAUACCUUAUCUUCUUUUUGCAGUAUGAAAUACAAUUGAGCACUAAAAUAUAAUGUAGAAAAAUAUAGUGUGCAGUUAACUUUUAUGAAGUAAUGAUCAGUUUGAUUAUUACAAACUUUGAUUGUGAGGUCUGUCUUUAGUGAUAAACAUAGCAUCUGGAAUUUUUAUAUUUUUUACAAACCAUUCCACUGCCUUUGUAAAAUAUAAUAAGGUGGAUCUUGAAUGGUUGAGUUGUCAUGGCUUUCAAGAAAGACAAUAAAUGAUCAUGUGUUGAA